AUGCCAAAACCAAAAAAUCUUGGCCCAUGUGUAUUAUCUAGUUGUGAGAAUGGUGCACCAUUUUGUAAAAUGACUGAAUAUACUAUUGAGAAAAUAAGAAGAAAAGACUUAGAAAAUAAAUACAACUUUAUUAAAAAAGAUGACCAACUAUGUUACAAACAUUAUCUAGAUAUAGUUGAACCUGAUAGAAAUGAUAAAAGCAGAAAAAAAUCCACUGAAUCAUUGAAUAUUGAUUAUUCAAGAAAUUUACAUACAGAAACUAAAGCCUCUUCUAGUCAAGUAAUUAACAAUGAUGAAAUAGAUUGGUCUAAAAUUAGAGUUAAUUUUACUGAAAAAAAUGUCACAAU